AUGGCCAUUAUCAAAAGAGGUGGACGAACAAAGGCGGCAGCGGCGCCAGCCAAGAGAUCGGCGAAAAUCAAGAAGGCAACCUAUGAUUCAUCUAAGAAGAAAGAAGUUGGUGUAUCUGAUCUGACACUACUUUCCACGAUAUCUGACCAGGCCAUAAAUGAAAAUCUCAAAAAAAGAUUCUUUAAUGGGUCAAUUUACACUUAUAUUGGACAUGUCCUUAUUAGUGUGAAUCCAUUUCGCGAUUUGGGCAUUUAUACAGAUGCGAUUCUCGAGUCCUAUAAGGGCAAGAAUAGAUUAGAAGUACCACCCCAUGUUUUUGCAAUUGCUGAAAGCAUGUACUACAAUAUGAAGGCUUACAAUGAGAAUCAAUGUGUCAUCAUUUCUGGUGAAUCUGGUGCUGGAAAAACUGAAGCUGCAAAAAGAAUUAUGCAAUAUAUUGCUGCUGCGUCUUCAGCGCAUUCAGAGUCUAUUGGGAAGAUUAAAGAUAUGGUUCUUGCCACUAAUCCACUACUGGAGUCCUUCGGCUGUGCUAAGACUCUAAGGAACAAUAAUUCUUCAAGACACGGGAAAUAUCUGGAGAUUCGCUUCAAUGCCCAAUUUGAGCCUUGCGCUGGUAAUAUCACCAAUUAUUUAUUGGAAAAGCAGAGAGUAGUGGGACAGAUCAGAAACGAGAGAAAUUUCCAUAUCUUUUAUCAGUUUACGAAGGGUGCUUCAGAGAACUAUAGACAGAUGUUUGGGGUUCAGAAGCCAGAGCAGUAUAUCUAUACGUCGGCUUCCGGAUGCACCUCUGUCGACACCAUUGAUGAUUUGAAGGAUUAUCAGGAAACUUUGAAAGCCAUGCAGAUCAUUGGUUUGUCCCAGGAAGAACAGGAUCAAAUUUUCAGGCUUUUGGCAGCCAUCUUAUGGAUUGGUAACAUUACUUUCAUCGAAAAUGAAGAGGGAAACGCUCAGGUAAGGGAUACGUCUGUGACAGAUUUCGUUGCAUACUUAUUGCAGGUAGAUUCCGAACUUUUAAUCAAAUCCUUGGUAGAAAGAAUUCUAGAAACCAAUCACGGGAUGAGAAGAGGCUCUGUGUAUCAUGUGCCCCUUAAUCAAGUUCAAGCUACCGCGGUGAAAGACGCCCUGGCAAAAGCAAUUUACAAUAACUUAUUCGAAUGGAUUGUCGAAAGAGUUAAUAUUUCUUUGCAAGCGUUCCCCGGUGCUGAUAGGUCCAUCGGUAUCCUCGAUAUCUAUGGAUUUGAAAUCUUCGAACACAACUCAUUUGAACAGAUUUGUAUCAACUAUGUGAACGAAAAGCUUCAGCAAAUUUUUAUUCAGCUCACGCUAAAAUCUGAACAAGAUACCUACGAAAGGGAGCAAAUUAAAUGGACCCCCAUCAAAUACUUCGAUAAUAAAAUUGUGUGCGAUCUUAUCGAGGCGAAAAGACCACCUGGUAUUUUCGCCGCCAUGAAUGAUUCAGUUGCCACUGCCCACGCUGAUUCCAAUGCGGCAGAUCAAGCAUUUUCACAGCGUUUGAACUUAUUCUCGUCAAAUCCUCAUUUUGAGCUGAGAUCUAAUAAAUUCAUUAUAAAGCAUUAUGCCGGUGAUGUUACCUAUGAUGUUAACGGUAUCACUGAUAAAAAUAAAGAUCAGCUUCAGAAAGAUCUCGUUGAACUGAUCGGAACCUCGACGAACACUUUUCUUUCCACUAUUUUCCCGGACACAGUGGAUCCGAACUCCAAGAGAAGACCACCGACGGCAGGCGAUAAGAUUAUUAAAAGCGCAAAUGAGCUUGUGGAGACAUUGUCGAAGGCGCAACCAUCAUAUAUCAGAACAAUUAAACCAAAUCAAACCAAAUCACCCAACGAUUACGAUGAUGCGCAAGUGCUUCAUCAAGUCAAAUAUCUGGGUCUUCAAGAAAAUGUGCGUAUUAGAAGAGCAGGUUUUGCCUAUAGACAAGUCUUUGAUAAAUUUGUGGAGAGAUUCUAUCUGUUGUCCCCUCGCUGUUCGUACGCAGGUGAUUAUACUUGGCAAGGAGAUACGCUUGAUGCUGUAAAAAUGAUCUUAGUGGAUUCGUCGAUUCCAGACAAAGAAUAUCAGUUAGGCGUAACUCAGGUUUUCAUCAAGACUCCAGAAACCCUAUUCGCCUUGGAACAUAUGAGGGACAGAUAUUGGUAUAACAUGGCUGCCAGAAUCCAGCGCGCAUGGAGAAGGUUCAUACAGAGAAGGAUUGAUGCGGCAACCAGGAUACAAAGAGCAAUCAAAGAGAAAAAAGGCGGCAACAAGUUUGAGCAGCUUAGAGAUUAUGGUACCACAUUACUGGCUGGACGAAAAGAAAGAAGGUCCAUGUCUUUACUGGGAUACAGAGCAUUCAUGGGAGACUAUUUAUCGUGCAACGAAGCCAAAUCCAAAGGUUCAUUUAUCAGAAAACAGGCUGGGAUCACUGAGAAAGUGGUGUUUUCAAUACAUGGCGAAGCACUACAUACUAAAUUUGGAAGAUCGGCUCAGCGUCUCAAAAAGACAUUUAUUCUAACAUCCAGUCAUUUCUACAUUAUUGGACAAGUGAUGACGCAGAACACACUUUCAUAUAAUGCCGAAUACAAUAUUGAUGUUAGGAACAUAAGUAGCGUGAGUUUGACAAACUUGCAGGACGAUUGGAUGGGUAUAAAUUUGAUGAAUUCAGCACAACCAGACCCUUUGAUCAAUACUUACUCCAAAACAGAGCUUAUGACUCAUCUCAAGAGGCUAAAUAACAAGAUUCAAAUCAAAAUUGGGCCCAACAUAGAAUAUCAAAAGAAACCUAGAAAAUUGCACUCUGUGAAAGGUCAAGUCAGCGAUACAGCCCCCAAGAGAGGCGAUCUCUAUAAGUCUAGCACGAUUUUGGUUCAACGCGGGCAUCCAGCGAGCUCAGAAUCUCAUGCAAAGCCCAGGAAAGGAACGAACAAUACACCCGUAAAGUCAUUUUCAAAAAAACCCUCCAAUAUGGGCAACAGGCCCGCACCAUCAACUGCUCAGCGUAAAGCGCCAGCGCCUGUUCCAAGAACGACCAAGAAGCCAGCUCCUCCACCUCCUGCUACCAAGCAACAACCAACAGGAAAUUCACUGGCAGCCACUGCCGCCCAAGCCGCUUAUCAUCCCAAUGGAGUAAUGAAACAAUCUAAACCUGUUGCUCCUAAGCCGACUGUUAAUCAAAAACCAGCGGCGCCCAAAGCAGAAGAACAGAAUCACAAAGCCGAGAUCGCAAGCGUAAAUGCUACUGCGGUAAAGCAUGUUCCACCUCCGCCUCCUCCUCCACCUCCUGCGGCAAAACAAGAGGUUCCGAUGUUCCAAGCGGCAUAUGACUUUCCGGGAUCUGGCGCUCCCUCAGAGCUGCCAUUGAAAAAAGGAGAUGUUGUUUACAUAACGAGACAUGAACCUAGUGGCUGGUCGCUUGGAAAAACAUUGGAUGGCGCAAAGGAGGGAUGGGUUCCUACGGCAUAUAUGACCGAGUUUCACGGCACUUCAAAUGCUAUUCAAGCACCGAAGGCCAUCAACUCCACGGCCACAACAGCUUCAGCCACACCAGCGAAUGCUAUGCAAAAUACACAAAUUGAUACAACUGCAUCGCAACCGGCAAAUUUCAGUGAUGGUUUGGCCUCCGCCCUUGCUGCUAGGGCCAACAAGAUGAGAGUUGAGAGCGACGAGGAUGAGACUGCAAAGACAGAUGAUGAAGAUGACGAUGAUUGGUGA